UACCCUCCAACGACAACGAUCAACGAAAAAGUGUACACGGAACGACGGCCACGCAUGACGAGUCGGCGCGUGACGGCGACCUUACGGCAACAACUGCGACAAGCCGCUCGCGGUGACACUCAAUCCACACCCAACGGAAGUCCCCCGCGGCGACUCUGGAAAUGCUUUCCACUCACCGCGCAACACGUCAACGUUCCCACGAAACGUCACCCCGACGACACUGACGACGAACGAAACACUUCGGCUCAUCCACGCUGGUUGCGGACUCCCAGUGAGUUUCAUCAAACUCUCUGCGAUCGCAUCGAACGUGCCCGACGUCGUGUGCACUUGGCCUCACUCUACAUUGGACCCGCCUGUUGUCACGCAUCGAUCCCCGAGUCGACGUCCGUAUCUUGUUGGAUCAACACCGAGCGCUCCGUCCCGUGCCGGUGCCUCCGCAACGGGCACCCGCACCGUUCGUCCGCCACCAUCUCGUCGGCGGAAGCCUGCCGACGAGCUCUCGCGCAACGUCCCAAACUACCGGACGAAUCCCACAACGGGACUGCCGACACCGAACACAACAAGAGUCAGAUUCAUUUGUUAUCGGUACUCGGUCCUUGGCUGUCCCGACUGCCCAAUCCGUACAACGAAAUUGCCGGCGUCUUUCACGUCAAACUCUACGUCGUGGACGACGCCGUCCUCCUCAGUGGCGCCAAUUUGUCGCAGGAAUACUUUGCCGAUCGACACGACCGCUACGUAUGUAUAUACAACGGUGGCAACGGGUUGGUCGACACCUACGUCGAUUUGAUCCAAGCCUUGUCGGAAUUCGGUAGUCAACGAUACGAAGGAAUCGACGAGAAUGGUGUGGCACAACUCACCAACGUACCCGAUCGACAACGACUCUUUCGAGCGAUCCGGGACGUACUGACGAUCGAGGCCGAUACCGCAGGAAUCGACCACGAACCAGAUCCCGACGUCAUUGCCUACGCGGUACCCACCUUUCAGGCACCCCCCGGUUACUUUACAGCAACCUGCGACGCAACCGAACUCGCCACCAUGCCCACUGAUCUACAAACCAUUCACGAUUUGCUACGCCAAACCGCCGCGUGGGCUCCAGCGGCGGCGUCGUCGUCAUCGUCCGCACCACAAACGACCGCCACCACUGCAACCACAACACAUCAAAACAGGCCAGUCACACUUCGUCUCGCCAGUGCCUAUCUUAAUCCAACACAUUCGUUUCUGGAAUCCACGAGGAAUUUAAACGUUUUCUUUUUGACGGCCGGAAAACUCUCGCACGGCUUUCGUCCCAAAAAGGUGACGGGUCACGUUUCCAAAACGGCCUGGAUCCCUACCGUCUUUGCAACGCUAGUGGCAUCCUAUCCUCCGUGGGUAAAGACCUGGUGGUACCAACGCGAAAGCUGGACCUUUCACGCCAAGGGAUUAUGGUUAACAACCACCGCCGAAACGGUGCCGGAAUCCACGACGACGACGUCCAAGACCAACGUUCCUACACUGACGAAAUCCCAGCUGCGCAUUCCCGAGACGGACGAGCUUUUGGUCGUCUCCCACGGAUCCGGCAAUUACGGGUAUCGAUCGGAACAACGAGAUAUGGAAAGCAACUUGCUCUUGGUUUUCCCCUCACCUACUGAUGGACAGGAAAGCAACAAUCCAUGGGCUCAGCAGCAUAUUGACGAAUGGAACGAAUUUGUACCCUCGGCGGUGCCAGCUUGUUUGGAAGAUACCGACCCACUGCCAAAGCCAGUGCAGUGGGUAUUGCCAUACAUCAAGUCGUUUUUUUGA